ACCGCUAAAUUCACAUUGUGAAAUCAAGACGAUGGCAUCAAAUUGUGAGCAAGUUGAGCAAGGUAAGAGAAGUUGGCCAGAGCUGGUUGGGAAGAAAGGAGAGCAUGCAGAGGCUAUAAUAGAAAAAGAAAACCCUUCGGUUAAUGCUGAAAUCAUCCCAGAAGGAAUCGUGAUUGCACAGAUAUAUAUCUGCAAUAGGGUUGUUGUAUGGGUGAACAAGAAGGGGAUCGUAAUAAGUACCCCUUCCAUCGGUUAAUUAACAAAGUUCCUCGUGAAACGUUGUCAUUUGGUUUAUUUAUGUGUCUGUGAAAAUAAAGAUGGAUGUUUGACUUUAUGUUCAAAGGUUCAUCGACUUGUAUCUUUCUUUUGAUUAAAUUGUACUCAUCUCUGAUUAUUGAUGC